AUGAUGAUGGUGAUGAUUCUGAUCAUGUUAAUGAUUGUGAUGAUGAAGACGGCAGCAGCAUCGGCGCCUGGCCUUGAGAUGGAUAUUAAACCUGGAGUUGAGACUGGCGUGGCCAAACGAACCCUGCACUUCUGCCACCAGCUUGGCUUCAGGGUCACAGAGAUUCCCCCCAACAUCUCCAGCAACACCCAAUGCCUGGAAGUUAAGCAGACACAGAUCAGAGUGAUUCCCCAGGGCGCCCUCACCAGCCUGCAGCAUCUCAGGAAACUCACCAUAUUGGAGAACGAUAUGCUGAAGACCAUCAGCGCGUUUGCCUUUGCCAGCCUCCCUCGGCUCAUUGCAAUCUCCAUUGAUGGGAAUGUUGCAUUGGAGAGUAUAGGAGCUUUUGCUUUCUCUGAUCUCCCUGAACUCCGUGAGAUAACCAUAAGAAGGUCAAAACACCUGAGACACAUCCAUCCAGAUGCUUUCAAGAACAUCGUGAAACUACAGUAUCUGCUCAUCUCCUACUCCGGACUAAGAAUGUUUCCAAACUUCACCAAGAUCCACUCCAAGGCGCGCGGCUUUCUGGUUGACCUGCAAGAUAACAACCACAUAGAGAGAGUCCCCGCCAAUGCCUUCAGAGGCCUCUGCACUCAAACUAUCAUCAUACGGCUCAACAGAAAUGGCAUCAAGGAGGUGGCAAGUGACGCCUUCAACGGCACAAAGAUGCACAGAUUGUAUCUGAGAGGAAACACACAGCUUACUCACAUCAAUCCCAACGCCUUUGUGGGUUCCAGUGAGUUGGUGGUACUGGACAUUUCUCACACAGCCCUCAGCUCCCUGCCAGACUACAUCCUCGGUGGACUCCAGGAGCUGAUCGCAGAGGCCGCCCACAAUCUGAAAAAACUUCCUCCUCUAGAGCUUUUCACCAAACUCCGCCAGGCCAACCUGACGUAUCCGUCACACUGUUGCCUUCUCCAAAACAUAAGCAGGAACAGAUCGAGUUGGCACACCCUGUGCUCUCAUCCCGAGGCUCAGUAUAACCGUCAGUUCCAUAGAGACUACUGCUCCAACUCCACCUCCAUCACCUGCAGCCCAGCCCAAGAUGCCUUUAACCCCUGUGAGGACAUCAUGCCCUCCGUCCCCUUACGGGUCCUCAUCUGGAUCAUCUCUAUCCUCGCGCUGCUGGGGAACACAGCGGUACUUCUUGUCUUGUUAGGCAGCCGCUGCAAACUGACUGUUCCUCGUUUCCUGAUGUGCCACUUGGCCUUUUCUGACCUCUGCAUGGGCAUCUACCUGGUAAUCAUAGCAUCUGUGGACAUGCGCACUCGUAGCCAGUACUGCAGCUACGCCAUAUACUGGCAGACGGGUCUGGGCUGCAGUGCUGCAGGCUUCUUCACGGUGUUUGCCAGCGAGCUGUCAGUGUUCACAUUAACAGCGAUCACACUGGAGCGCUGGCACACAAUCACAAAUGCCCUGCGGCUCGACCGUAAACUUCGCCUGAGACAUGCAUGUAUUGUCAUGACAGCAGGCUGGAUCUUCUCCUCUCUUGCCGCUUUGCUGCCCACAGUCGGGGUCAGCAGCUAUGAAAAGGUGAGUAUCUGCCUUCCUAUGGACGUGGAUCAUCUGGUGUCUCAGGUCUAUGUGGUGUCUCUCCUCCUCCUCAACAUCCUGGCCUUUUUCUGUGUGUGCGGCUGUUAUCUCAGCAUCUACCUGACCGUCCGCAACCCCUCAUCAGCGCCGGCACACGCCGAAACCUGCGUUGCCCAACGCAUGGCCAUCCUCAUCUUCACUGACUUUGUCUGCAUGGCUCCCAUCUCCUUCUUUGCUGUGUCAGCCGCCCUCAAGCUCCCUCUCAUCACCAUCUCAGACGCUAAAAUACUGCUGGUCCUCUUUUACCCGAUCAACUCCUGCUCCAACCCCUUCCUGUACGCCUUCUUCACCCGCACUUUCAGGCGGGAUUUCUUUCUCUUCACAGCUCGCUUCGGCCUGUUUAAAACCCGGGCACAGAUUUACCGGACAGAGAGUUCCUUCCGGAGUCAUGUGACGCUGUACUCCUUGGCCAAUACAUUAAGUCUAGAUGGGAAACAAGAGUGCUGACUGUCAUUCAAAAAUCCACAGAUACAGACUUUUUGCUGGAUGUUAAUAUAUUUCUCUCCCCACAGAUGUCCUUUUUGACUGCUAAAUCCUCAAUAUGAUGCCCCAACUCAUUAUUCUUAUUCUUUGGACUUUGGAUAUGAUUUUUGUUAGUUUUCAUGUACCUCCAAUAUGUCCAGUAUCUUUGGCUA